AUGGCUAGUAGCGGAGGUGGGUAUGGAGAUGCAAGCCAGAAAAUUGAUUAUGUGUUCAAGGUGGUGUUGAUUGGUGACUCGGCAGUGGGCAAGUCUCAAAUACUGUCCCGUUUUUCACGAAACGAGUUUAGUUUGGAUUCCAAGUCCACCAUCGGGGUCGAGUUCCAGACUCGCACGCUUGUAAUCCAGCACAAGUCCGUUAAAGCCCAGAUCUGGGACACCGCCGGCCAAGAACGAUACAGAGCUGUCACAAGUGCAUAUUAUAGGGGAGCUCUUGGGGCUAUGUUGGUUUAUGACAUUACAAAACGUCAGACCUUCGACCACAUACCCCGUUGGCUUGAAGAGUUACGUGCACACGCAGACAAGAACAUCGUAAUCAUUCUGAUUGGGAACAAAAGCGAUCUUGAAGACCAGCGCGCAGUACCAACUGAGGAUGCCAAGGAAUUUGCCCAGACGGAAGAACUGUUUUUCUUAGAGACCUCAGCAUUGGAAGCAACAAAUGUAGAGAAUGCAUUCUUGACUGUUUUGACCGAGAUCUUCAACAUCGUGAAUAAGAAAAAUCUUGUAGCAGGCGAUGAACAAGCAAAUGGCAAUCCUGCGUCUUUAUCUGGCAAGAAGAUUAUAAUUCCUGGUCCUGGACAAGUAAUCCCAGAAAAGAACAGGAUGUGUUGUAGAUCGUGA